GAGUGAGAUGGUCUGAAUCUCAGCCUCCUUUCAAGCCCCCUACUCUGUCUGGGGUCACUUAGACCCACAAACCUUGCCUCUGCUGCCUCAGAGGCCGGAAACACCUCUGCAGGAGACUUUCUCCUCCACAAGCUCUGUCUCUGGCACCCUGCCUGGUUGCUGUGGAAACAGGUUCCACUGCGGACAAAAGAGGGAGCUGGGCCCUGCUUCCUCCUAGUCCUGUAGAUGAGGAUUUUUAGACCGUGGAGAUUGCGCUGCCCGGCCCUGCACCUGCCUUCGCUCUCUGUGUUCUCGCUCAGGUGGAGCUUGCCCUCCCACGCCACUGACGAGACCAUGUGUAAAAGUGUGACCACAGAUGAAUGGAAGAAAGUCUUCUAUGAGAAGAUGGAGGAGGCAAAGCCGGCUGAUAGCUGGGACCUCAUCAUAGACCCCAACCUCAAGCACAAUGUGCUGGCCCCUGGCUGGAAGCAGUACCUGGAAUUGCAUGCCUCGGGCAGGUUUCACUGCUCCUGGUGCUGGCACACCUGGCAGUCUCCCCACGUGGUCAUCCUCUUCCACAUGCACCUGGACCGCGCCCAGCGCGCGGGCUCUGUGCGCAUGCGUGUCUUCAAGCAGCUGUGCUACGAGUGCGGCACCGCGCGGCUGGACGAGUCGAGCAUGCUGGAGGAGAACAUUGAAAGCCUGGUGGACAACCUCAUCACCAGCCUGCGCGAGCAGUGCUACGGAGAGCGCGGCGGCCAGUACCGCAUCCACGUGGCCAGCCGCCAGGACAACAGGCGGCACCGCGGCGAGUUCUGUGAGGCCUGCCAGGAGGGCAUCGUGCACUGGAAGCCCAGCGAGAAGCUGCUGGAGGAGGAGGCGACUACCUACACCUUCACGCGGGCACCCAGUCCCACCAAGCCGCAAGCUGAAGCGGGUUCUGGAUGCAACUUCUGUUCUAUCCCCUGGUGCUUGUUUUGGGCGACAGUCCUGCUCCUGAUCAUCUACUUGCAGUUCUCCUUCCGCAGCUCUGUCUAAGAUGCCCUUGGUUGGCCCCAGCGGAGUCUAGGGGCCCGUGGCCUAUGGGGGCCAGCCAGCUGGUGGGAGGGGGUGGAGACCGGGGUUGGCAGUGCGGUUGAGUCCUAGCACUGGUGCCGCCACUGACUCCCUGGGUUCCCUGGACUCCCAGCUUUUCCAUCUAUAAAACCAUGGGUUUGGGCUAGAUCACUGGUUUUUUUUUCAAAGUGAAACCCAGGGUGUCAAGUUGCUGCAUAGGUGCCUCAGGGAAUUUUGGAUUUGGAAGGUAGACGGAGUGAGUUUUGCAUCCUGGUCAAGUUGCCCAUCCCCAACUCCUGCCUCCUCUGUCGCUUUAAUCAGAAUAGCUCCAUCUUAGAUAAAGUUCCAUUUAAGAGUUGGUUUUUUUUUUUUUUUAAUUUUGCAAAUUACAAGACUAGGUGAUCUCAAAAGGCCUUUCCACAGUGAUGAGUGUACCUUACUUCCUUGUUACCGCCCCCCACAUGCCUACCCCUCGUUAUCGCCCACAUGUGGAGCUGCGGCCUAACAGUAGGCUCUGUCUGACGUGUGAGUCGCAUCCACAGCUCUGCCUCCUGUACACACAGCAGAAGUUCCUCUUGAAGAGAGAAAUGUGGGGGCUCUAGGCUGAGCCUUUGCUGCUGGGUACACAGGGUCCCUUGCUCCUCGUUGCCCAGCUUCCAGCUUCCCUCCACUCCGGGCAGAUUCUGGGGUCUGCUUGGCUCAGAGAUGUUGUUUGCGGUAGAGUCCUGUAGAGCGAGGCUUCCCAUCCACUGUAUUCGAAUUGGCAGAGAAUGUAGAGGAGGUUUAGAAGGUCGAGUGUUAGAAGGAAAGUAUAAAAUUCCUAGGAAACAAAUGUAAUGACUUUCCUUUAUAAUGAAGUGUCUUCAGAGUUCAGGGACCAAAUCUGACUGAUUCUCAGCAGUUCUGAUGGCCGAAACACAAGAGCAGGGUCCUAGCCUGCUGGGCUCUUGCUGAAAUCCUACUUGAGAGGCUUUCCCACGUUGGCCAUGCCUGGGCCCUCUCACCAAAGAUCAAGUGUCUACCUAGAACCACAAGGAUGGAGGGUCAUUAACAAGAGACGCGGCAUUAAAGAUGCGAAGUGCUUUGCCCAUAUACAAGUGCAUGGAUAUGUCAGGGAAUCUUACAUCUCUUUAAAAUGGGAUGUGGUACAGUUUGGAGUGGGAGGGGAGAAGACUUUCUGACAGUAGGGGUACGGAGUGCAGUAAGGAGGGAAGCAGAAAGCAGGAGGUGGGAUGCCACCCUGUUCUUUUGCGGGUCCUCAUUCACCUCACGUCUGUUAAUACUUGUCUCCUUCUCCUCCUUUCUCCACUACUCCACUUUUUAAUGGAAAGUCACCACCAUCUGUAGUGGUAGAGGGAAGAGGGUCACUUACAUAAAGAUGGGUCGCGUUAAUAAA